CAAUUCUUGUACAUACGCGGAUCUCAUUUCGAUGCAAUUAUGCAUCUCUCGAUUGUGUUAGUAACGGUGUUUACCGUUAAAGUUCGCGCCAAUCUUUUGCAAGAAUGUGCGAAGUUAUAUAAUCCGGGGAAUUACAUGGAUCGCUUCCCCUCUUUGAAAUUGCCCUAUCUAGGGGACGUUCCGAUUCCGAACAACAUGCCUUCGAUUAAGCCUUCCCCGGUGGCAAAAACUAAGGCAAUCAAAGUCGUGACUACGUACAUUUACAAGAAUCCAGUGUGUAUUAAAUAUAAUAAGAAAAAAGGGAUGUGUAAACAGGAUAAUUCUGUUAAACAUAAAGGGAAUUAUGAACAGUUGGUUACUAAGGAAUAUUUCGUUAAAGAUAGGAAAGCCAAAGGUUCUUUGGAGAAUAAUAGGCAUAGGAGAGAGUUUGAUGAAGAUGAUAAUGAGGAUAUUAAUGACAGUGAUAAAUAUAGUUCUUUAGAAAAUAGUUCAGAUAAUUUAGAAAAUAAUUCAGAAAUGAGUCCCCCUCCAGUAGAUUAUCAAAUGCUUAGAUUAUAUUUAGAUUCUAUUCCUUCAUUCGAUGGUAAUCCUCAUAUUUUAAGUAUUUUUAUCGAAAAUUGUGAAAGUUUGAUAUCAGUUUUUGCCAGUCCAAAUAAUCUUGCUUUAAAUUCAUUUUUAUUAAAAGCUAUAAUUGGCAAACUCUCAGGGAGAGCCCAAAGAUUAAUUGGUUCCCGAACAGAGCUUAAAACAUGGGUUGAUGUUAAAAACUCAUUAAACCUCAGUUUUGGAGAUCAACGUAAUAUAGAUUGCUUAGUUCAAGAUUUAAUAAAUUUGCGUCCUUUAAAAAAUGAAAGCCCCUAUAAUUUUGGCAUGAGAUGUCAAGAUUCCAGGAGUCUUAUUAUUUCAAAAUUAAAUUCUUUAAAUUUACACGAUAAUGAACGCGCAAUCAGACUUUCAAAUUAUGAUGAUUUGGCACUAAAAACAUAUAUUCGAGGACUACCAUUACCUAUUCAAACAAACGUUAGAUUAAGAGUACCUGAUAGUUUAGAAAAAGCUAUGAGUUUAGUUAUAGAAGAAGAAAAUUUCUUGUAUUCCACUCAAAAAUCAAAUAAUAUAAAUUCAAAUUCAUCAUUUAAACCUAAUUUAAGAAUCACCCCUGCCAUAAAUCCAAAUUAUAGAGCCCAUUCAACAUUUAACCCAAAUUUUAGUAAUUUAAAUUCUCAUCAACCACUUCCACAAUUGCCUCGUCCUACAUUUCAACCAAAUUUUAUGCCAAGAGCACCUUUUCUAAAUCAUUCUCAAUUUAGACCAAAUAACAAUUUCCCUACCCAACGUCACCCAUUUUUCCAAAAUCAAAACAAUAAUCAAAUGAAACCCCGUACUUUUAAUCAACCACAAAUUAAUAAUCAAAAUUAUUCUCAAAAUUCCAAACCUGAACCUAUGGAUACAUCUUCAGGUAAUACUAGAAUUCAUCCAAAACAACAAUUUACUUCUACAGAACUUUUUAAUCAAAAUAUUAACUGCCUUUAUCAAAAUCAACCAUUUGAAAAUUCAUACAACCCUCAACAAUUUGAAAAUCCAUAUCAGUAUCAACAAUUUGAACAAUAUGAAAAUCAAUACGACUGUCACGAUAAUCAAAAUUUAUACCAUACGCAAAUAGACAAUGACAUUGACCCUUAUUCUUAUUCUCCUGCAAUUCAAUACUCCUAUGAUAAUAAUUUCUCGACACUUGUAAAUGAUAACACUACAUAUUCCCAUAGUAAUGACUUAUGUACAAAUCCCACACUCUCAGCUGAUGCAAAUAACCCGAGUCAGGAUUUUAUCCAGGCGCCGAGUUCCAGCAAUCCGACAUAA